CAACAAACCUACUCGACAAACGCGGAGCCAACUAUUGCGAUCGCCCCGACUUCGUCCUCUUCAACAUGUCGGUUCCCUUUCCUACGAACAACCGAGACUGACCUCCAGCGACAGCAUGGGCUUCCGCGCCACCCUCACCUUCCUCCGCUGGUCCCCGCGCUUCCGCAUGCAUCGCCGACUCCUCCAGUCGGCGCUUUCAAAGGUGAAGAUAGCCCAGUACCAGGAUCUUCAAACCCGCGAAGCGCGACGGGCUGUCAAGUCGAUUCGAGCGCACCCGGAGAAGUGGGAGACCGCACUGAGGCGGUAUGCAACGGCAAUCGUACUCGGUGCGGGCUUUGGCGUCUCGAUCGAGGAGGAUGACAGCCCCUACGUGCGCAUGGCCGAGGACGCCUCGUACGCGCUUGCUCACGGCGGUGCGCCUGCCGGUAGCUUGGUCGACUUUUUGCCUUUUCUCCGCUAUCUGCCGACCUGUCUGGUGCCCCUUCGCCCGCUCAAGUUUGCUCGUAAGUGGCACGCCGCCAUUCGUAGGAUCCACGAAGUGCCCUUUGCGGCGGUUCAGAAGGACAUCCAAGAGGGAAUAGCGCGGCCGUCCCUUGUCCAGCAGAAGCUUGAGGCGCUGACUAGCGCCCUCGAACGUAGCGAGACGCCUGAAAUGACGCACGAGGAUAUACGUGGGGCGGCUGGCGCCAUCUACGCUGCCGGACAGGAUACGACAUGGGCUACACUCACUGUUUUCGUCCUCAACAUGGUCCUCAAUCCCGGGAUACAACGAAAAGCUCGAGAAGAGAUAGAUCGUGUCGUCGGGAGGGACCGUCUUCCCUCCUUCAGUGACCGCGCGAGCAUGCCGUACCUCAAUCACGUUCUACUCGAGACUUUGAGGUGGUGCCCCGUCUCUCCCGUCGGCGUGCCACAUAAAUCGCUCGAAGACGACGUUUAUCGCGACAUGCUCAUACCCAAAGGGACCAUCGUCUACGCCAACGCGCGCGCAAUGUGCUACGACACUCGCGUCUACAAGUCCCCGGAAACCUUCGACCCUAUGCGCUACGCGCCCGUAUCAGAUGGUGGUAGAGAAGAACCCCCGCCUGUCGGUCACUUCGGAUUCGGAAGGAGGAUAUGUGUGGGACGCCACUUCGCUGACGCGACGUUGUGGAUCAUUAUGGCGACAAUGCUAGCGACGCUCAAUUUUGAGAGGGUUUUGGAUGAUGAUGGGCAGCCUGUCACUCCGAAGGUGUCGCUGACGGCCGGGCUGACAAGUCAUCCUGAGUCCUUCCCCUGCGUUCUGAUGCCGCGCUGACGGCCAGUCCACUCUGACGGGUCGACGUGUCGAGGUACGCAUAGUAUCAGUAGACAGGUUCCCCUCCCCUUAUGGUAGGGGUACGCGUUCCAAUGGCGUGUUGGUCUUAGACCGUCUCGAUUUAGUAUCCAGCAGCAAAGGAUCGCC